GUCAGCUCCCCCCCCUUUCCCCCUUGCCCUGGCCCUUUCCUAUUCCUUCCCCCUCUCCACAUCUCACUCACCUCACUCUCGCUCAUCCUCUCAAUCCCUCACCUUCCUACACACCCACACCUACACACUCACAACUCAUCUACAACCUCUUUUGUUGAUCUUUCUUCCUCUCUAAUCUAGGGGCUGCUAUCACUUCUCACUGGCCGUGGAAAUUCUAUCGUUAACCAUCUCAUCCAUCUGAGCCGCUUCGCUCAUAUCUCUCUCCUUUUUCUUAUCCUAUUCAAUCUCUCCUACUACGCCUACGUCACGUCUCCACGAGGGACUUUCUCCUCCUUCCACUCCUCCGUGGUCAAUCAGCACCACACCAUCGAUUCGCUCGUUAUUCUUCAACAACUAGGAAGCCGAGAGCCUUAUACUUUUAUUCUCAUAAAGACAAUGUCUUACCCUGGAAACGACCGCUAUAAUGGCGGUGACAGGGAUAGGGACAGGAGCCGGGGAAGUCGGGAUCGCGCUACAUUGGAGAGCGAUUAUAGCCGGUUGGGUGACGUUGAAUGGGGUUACGGAAGAGGGCGAGGAAGAAGUCCUGGCCCCAUGCGUCGUUUACCACCUCGCCGUUCACGAUCUCCCCCUGUAGGUGGGAAUAUCGAUCGUUAUGUGCCUCGAUCUCCUCAACCCCGUCGCUCUCGCUCACCUUCUCGUUCGCGCUUUGAGUACGCUCAGCAUGGCGUCCCCCAGCUUCCCAUGGUUGGGAAACCUGGCGCAAUUGAUCGCUACGUUCCACCACACAACGGGACUGCCCCUCCCAUGUACUUCGAUCCUCAUAGGCUAGACUACCAAGUCACGUUUAAUUACUUCUCUGAUUGGUACCAUCAGGAAAAUCCAGGUGGGACUGGCCCUAAUAUGAAGGAGGAGGUAAAGCAGAAGUAUGAUGAAUAUAAGGACGAACUUACUGCGCGCCUCGCGAAGCUGUUUGUGACCACACAUAAGAAUGAUGAAUGGUUUAAAGAACGCUACGUCCCCGGUGAGAAGGAAGUCACAAAGGCGAAGAUAGUGGACUAUAGAAGAGGGGCCUUCGAGAGAUGGAGGGCUCAAAUGCAGAGUGGGGCUUUAGAUAACAUUGACCGUGAAACUGGCACUGGCACUGCCCCAAAGUCCGAAGAUACUGGUCUUGAGCCUGGUGAGGAGAUUGAGGAGAUCAAUAGAACCGUCGAAGACGGUGGUCUGAAACCAGUAUUGUUGAUCAAGACUAUCAGUCCUACUGUCAGCCGAGCUCAAUUAGAAGAGCUUGCCUCUACAAAUCUUUCAAAUUUUCACUAUAUCUCGCUCUCGGACCCUAAUCCCUUAAAGAAAUUUCACCGUAUCGGCUUCAUCCUUCUUUCCCACACAGACCCUACAUCUGAGCCCGCACCAGUUGAUGAAUCGAUCGUCGAACUUCUCAAUGGAAAGAGCAUUCACGAUGACGUCCACGGCGACUUUGUAUGCCAUGUGGGAAUCCAUAAUGGACCGACUAGUGCUAGAACCAAGAAGGUUCUAAACGAAGCCAUGAGUCUGCCUGAGAAUCUGAAGAGAGAAGCCAAGUUGGUUGAAAAAUGUAUCGAGAAACUGGAAGCAGAGCUUCAUCGCGAUGGCGAUGAUUCAAUGAUAGAAUAUGACGGCUGGGAGAUGAUCAAAGAUAAAGUUGAGGAAUGGGGCCGUGGUGAGCGAGAGAAAAGGAUGGGGAGUGAGGAGGAAGGGGAGGAGAGUGGUGAGAGUGAGGUCGAGCUUAAGAUCAUCAAGAAGACCAUCGAUAUGGGGGUGGAAUACCUUCGUCGGGUCUUUUCGUUUUGUAUCUACUGUGUUUCCUCAUCCGACUCCAUUGUUGAACUCACCAGGAAAUGCCCCGGCGGCCAUAUGCGCCGCCCUACCCCGGCCAGUGAUUUUGCUCCGGACAACCGCACCGUCAAUUGGACCAAAGCCUGGCAGGACAAACUGGAGUUUUUCGUCAGUCCCCCACAGCCAAAUGAUGAAGACUACAAAGACAGGCUUAGGAAAGUUGGUGGCAAGCCUGUUCCUGAAGCAGUCGAGGAUGAGGUCCAACGAAGCAUGAAGCAAGAAGAUGAAGGUAAAUACCGAUGUAAAGUCGCCGGGUGUACCAAGUUGUUCAAAGCCGAGGAGUUCUGGAGGAAGCACUUGGAUAAAAAGCAUGGCGAAUGGUUGCAGCUUUUGAAGACAGAAGCUCAACUAGUCAACAGCUAUGUCCUGGAUCCGUGCAGAGUUCAUCCUCCUAAGAUAGAACAGAACAACCAAGGAGGGUUCCAGACCGUUCAGACCGGUGGUAACCGUGGGUUCGCGCCGAUGAUGUCUUUGGGCACUUUCGGCGGCCCUGCUCCCCCGCCUGGAACUUUCCAACCACCCCCCGGAUUCAACUUCAAUGCGCCAUUCUUCGCAGGGCACCACGGCAACGGUGCGGAUAAGUACGUGCCGAAUCACCUCAUGCCAGCCGCUGGGCCCGGCCUCCCAGACGCCGGUAGAGGUAGGGAUGGUGGAAACGGGGUUGGUCCACAGCGCCGGAGAGAGAAUAGGGUGCCUCCGAUGGGUGCUGCAGGGCUUCCCAUAGUCGUGGGCACUGGACGGGAGAGGUUCGCUCCCUACAGUGCGAGAAGGGAUAGGGGCGACAGGGAGAGGGAGAGGGAGAGACGCGACAGAGAGAUGAGGGAACUCGCGAGGCAACCCGGCAAUGCUCCUGCCAAUAGAGCAUCUGGGCCUGUUGGAGGAACCCCUAGCGCCGCACCCACGUCCACCAGCAGUGGUACUAGUGGUGGGGGAGAGGCAGAAUUGGCGGUGUUGGGAAGGAGUGUCAAGAGUUACAUGGACCUAGAUGCAGCUGGUGGGGAGGGCAAAAAGUCAGUCGAAGAACUGGAUUACUAGUUGCUGGCGGAAAUGGCGAUAGGUUGGCUGUAUCAAAUGACAAACUUCUUUCUUAACUAGAGAAGCAGCUUGUAGCGUUUCUUUCCCUAGAAAAACAAAAACCAAAAAACAAAGCUUUAGUUUCUUAG